GGCUAGGUAAACAAACAGGAGAGGAGAAGAAACGAGCAGCAGACGCUUUGCUGGGUUCUGGCUCAUUUAGGGACACUUUUCUAUUCACAUCUCUUUUUGUAAAAAAAAACAAAAAAUGAUAUCCUGUUUCCUAGAAAAAAAAUAUUCCUUUGAUACACGGGUACUAACAUUUUCUAACAAGAUUUAAGAACUGCUGGCUGUUAGUAGUAGCUUGCUAGCUCGGAAAGACUGGACUUUUUGCACCAUCUUUUUUUUAUUAGAGCUCGUAAGAAAAGCUCCGUGUAGGUCAAUGAGGUGUCUUUUUUUCCCCAGCCAGUUCCAUUAGAUGCAGUACUGUCUUCGGUAAAUAAAUACAUUUUAAAAAGCGACCGAGCGUUCCUGCCGUUUGCGAAGUUCAACGUUAACGGCAGACAGCCUCAGGGAAGAAUGACCGAUGUCCAGCUAGUAAAUAUCCAGCUGUUACUGGAGGCAGCGGAGUACAUAGAAAGAAGAGAAAGAGAGUGCGAACAUGGAUAUGCUUCGACCUUCCCUUUAAACCAGAGCACAAACUACCAGAGGCAGAGGAAGUUCCGAAAUAAAAAGUUCAGCAGCAAUCACAACAGGUCAACACACAAUGAACUGGAAAAAAACAGACGAGCCCACCUGCGGCUGUGUUUGGAGAGGUUGAAGACCCUCAUACCUCUGGGACCCGACUGUAGCCGCCACACCACCCUGGGCCUACUCAAUAAAGCCAAAGCACACAUAAAGAAACUUGAAGAAGCCGACAGGAAGAGCCAGUACCAGCUGGAGUCCCUGGAGCGCGAGCAGAGACACCUACAGCGUCAGCUGGAGCUGCUGAGAGGAGGAAGCACCGCUGCCGUCCAGAGCAGCCCGGGGGAGGGGGAGAGGAUACGCAUGGACAGCGUGGGCUCCACCCUCUGCUCCGACCGCUCGGACUCCGACCAAGAAGAGAUUGAGGUGGACGUAGAGAGCACCGAGUUCUCCCAUGGAGAGCUCGACAGCGUGAGCAUGGCCAGCACCAGCGACCUGGAUGACCACAGCAGCCUGCAGAGCAUGGCCAGCGACGAGGGCUACUCCUCCUGCAGCGUCAAACUUGCCUUCUCCUCCUAAAGCCGCCGCCGCCGCCAGCACCGACCAGCCCUGCCAAACCCGCCUGUCCUUCUCCUCCACCCCUCUGCCGUCUUCAUAGCCCAUCCAGCCGUGGCGUCGCCAACGACGACAGCGUCCCCUCUCCGAGCCUUUUUUCCUUUUUCUUUUUUUUUGUUACAUCCACUCCAUCCCGCCGUCACCUGUGGCCCCCUCUCCUCUCCCCGGACAACCGGGUUUAAGUUUGGUUUAAAGGGAGAACGGAGACUUCACACACACACACAAGUCUUCUGGAUUUUUUUAAAACCCACUACACGAAGAAGAAGAAGAAAAAAAAACAAUUUGUAGUUGAAUUUAGGUGUGAUAUUUCCUUUUGAUUUUUAAAAACAUGCACAAUCCCUGAUUUUACUCAAAAUGCACUUAAUUUUUUUUUAUAACAGUGAACUUGCUCAAGAGUUGUCGGUUCUCCAAUGCGGGCGUCUGAACCGAAGCUUAACGACGGGGGGUUUUGGGGGAGGGAUCUCCGCCUCGACUAAACGGCCCCGCGGGCGCCACAAACGCCUUCCCCGUCGUCUCAUUGCUUGUCCACAGCACAGAGGCUCACAUCCUCGAAAUCGGUGCUACCGGGAAGGCAGGUCAGACUCGUCGCCACGCGGAGAGCGUCUUCUGCGUGUCGAAGCGAUCGCAGGAGAAAACGGGCGGAAGCUACAGAAUGCGGUUUCAAAAGUCGUAACUUUGUGCGAAUGUUUCGUUUUCGCUCCUGUUCCCCUCAAACAAGCAGCUACGACAAGCCAUCCAGCACUCGCCUACUUCGUAGCUGUCCGUAUGUAACAAGGCACAAUCCGAGACGAGAUUAAAACACACACACGCAUAUAAGAAAAAAAAAAGCAGCAGCAACGAGGAAAAAAAAUCGUAACGGCUCCGAAGUUUGGAACAGAGGCACGACCUUUUUUCCAGCAGUAAGAAGCAAUAACUCCCGCAGUUUUUUGUCUUUUUUUUUUUUCUGUCCGUUUCAAUCCCUUUCCUUUCUCAGUUCUGUGUGACCAUCGGAAUAAACAAAUUAGAGCAAUUAAUAUUAUUAUAAUUAUUACUUUUUUGUACAUACAAAUAGCUUAAUAAAUCAAACUUUAACAAAAAAAAAAAAAAGAGUUUAAAAAGCUCAUGGAUAGAGCUGUUGCUGUUUGACUUCUGUUUAUGGUGCAUUAUAAAUGAAAUUUUUAUCUUUUAAACAUUUCUUUGCUGUUUGAAAUAAACUAUUUACUCGGCGCCCCGACCGGGGAGCGACGUUUUAUUGGUGUGACGGAGAAAACCCAGACAGAGCAGCUCUCUCUCUCUCUCUCUGUGUCCUGUCAGGACUCUCAGUUGGAGAAUGCGGUUGUAGUUUGGCGCAGUUAUUGUUAUUAUUAUUAUUAUUAUUAAUUUUUUGUUUUUAUUUAUUGGAUUAUUUCUUUUUUUUUGUUGGUUUUUUUGUUAUUUCUUGUUUGAUAUUCCUCGUGCAUGUGGCAUUCCUCCGGUGGGUCGGGUGUUUCUGAAGGAGAAAAACGGGUCGUAUGAUGUCAAUAAUCUCCAUCCUAACCUUUCACUGGCAUUACGAAUUGCACUUCAACCACAGUUUCCUUUUUCCGCUCCACCUGCCAUCCAUUCAUUUUCCCAUCCGAAAUGAGAACGGGAAGCACGCUGCUCGCUCUUGAAUAUUUAUUUCUCGGUCCCUUAAAGAGCACAAGCAGUGGGGGAUGAGUGGGAGGCGAAAAAGUUAACUUAUUUUGGUUCUGUCUUAUUUUACUCACUAUUAUUCCUCAUUCCUUAUUUUAAGAAUUGUGUAUUUUAUGUUAUCGUUAAGCUUUUUUUUUUUUUUUUUAUUUUCUUUUCGGGGUGGGGAGGAUUUUAAGGAAUGAUUAUAAUAAUUUUUUUUUUUUUAAAAAAGCGUAGCCAUUUUGUUUGAUUAUUAUUAUUUUUCAGAUGUUUGACUCUACGGACACUUGAAAUGUACUCGGGAUCCCUAAGCUGCUCCUAGUGCUGAGCCUCGCCUGUUCUGAGUCGCCGGCCUCGUCCAGAACCGUCUCCGUCCUCGAGCAACCGCUUCAGUCUGGAUUUUUUUUUUAUUAUUAUCAUUUUUUUUUAAUUAAAAAAAAAAAAUAAAAAUUCUGCUCCGAGGGUCGAGCUGCUUCUGCACGAGACUCGCUCACAGCCAAGACUUUUACUGGCAAAUACUGAGCCAGCUACUACACAAUAAACAUAAAACAAGGGGGUCUAAAAAUCAAAAAGCAACACGAGAAAGAAACUAACAAAAAACGCCACUUUCCUGUAUUGCGAGGAUUGUCGUCUCUAUUCGACUUGUGUUUUAGUUGACUAAAUACGUCUUACAUUUACCUCCGUUUGAGGAUUUAAUGUGGAAAAAGAAAAAAAAGACCGUAAUAAGAACAAACCUUUGGUUGCCUAAGGGCGUCACUAAGGUGUGGGCUCCUCCCCUCAGAGCUCUGUGGAGGUUGUUGGACUUGGCACUGAAUCAGAAAGUCACCACUUUUUUGGUGCUUUAUUGUAAAAACAAAAAUGCCAAAAAAAAAAAAAGAAACACACCUCAGAACACCUCAGUGUCCUCUCUCUCUCUUUCUCUCUCUCUUUGAGGGACAGUUUACAUUUGCUCCCCCCCCCCCCCCCCUUUUAAUUUAAUAACUUCCAUCUUAGUGUUGCUUUAUUGUUGUUGGGUUUUUUUCCUUCAUAUGUUGGCUUUCUGAAACUGCACUGCUGAUAGUAGAAGAGCUCCAUGGUUGACCACAGAUCUCUCUCUCCCUGUGCAACAUGCUGUGUUUUACCGCACAUUUGAUUAAAUGGCAAAACUAGACGUGAUGAAAUUGGUGGCCAAAAUCGGGCAAUAUUUGAUCUUGACCGGAACCAGCUGUUCCGAUUUAUUGGCAUUUAAAACUUAUGCAAGUGUGUGUGCGUGUGUGUGUGUGCGUUCUUGAAGGACCAAAGCUUUAGCAAAGAAGGACCUGAUCUUGAACUAGCCUACACACAUCUUUUUAGGCUCUUUUUUUUUGGGAAUGAAUUUUAGCCUUCCAGGGUGUGUUUAUCUUAGAAUGACUGGUCUACACAGUGUGUGUUGCACAAAAUGUAAAAGCGGAGCUUGAUUGCGGGUUGGAUGCAGACUGGGUCCUAGAUCAGCUAAUAGGCAGGUCUGGAGAAAAAAUUAUUUUUGGCUAGCAUAUCGUCUCAAAACUAUAUUUUUCUCUUAAGUGUUUAAGCUCAAGUUUUAGUUUUCUUUUUUUCCCCUGGUCUCUCUCUCUAAAGUCUAAACUAAUGGGCGCCUUCUUCCAGGAGCAGUGCAGUAGAGAGCCUACUGUUGUUGUGAACCUGUGGCCAUUUUGUUAUGUUUUUCUUUUUUGUAAAACAUGCACUCUGGUGAUGACGACGGUGAUGAUGAUGAUGAUGAGGAGGAGGAAUAAUCUAGUUGUGUAUGUUGAACAUGCAAUACCGACAAUAAAGCCACCAAGAUUUUCAAACCUAAAGGACUGAAAUGAGCUGUCAAUGCCACAACAUGUCUCUCCUGAAUGUACUGUAAAGAGAUGGCUCACACUGAGAUGAAUAAAGUUUGUGACUUUGAAA